ACAAUUAGUAUAUCAGUAGCUGUCCGUGAUACGUGUGCUACAUCUACUACAAAGACAGCCACCCGUAACCAACCUCGACUGUUAUUAAUGGCUGAAAACAAAGUAUAUGAACAAUUUGGAGGUGGUCAAAUCCCCCCUUGUCAAUCGCAACCACCUGUGGGAACGGUGCAAAUGCCGAUAACCCAGGAACCAACUUGGCAAUAUCAACAGCCCAGCACUACCACGAACGUUGUCAUUGUACAGAACAAUGGCAGAUGGUGGACAACCAGUCUGUUUGGCUGCUUCGAGGACAUAGGAAGCUGCUUGGCGGCGUGCUUCUGUUUGCCAUGUUAUCGUUGCUACUUGUCGAACAAGAUAGGCGAAAGCUGCUGUCUGCCUCUCUGCAUCUGUCCUCCUAAUGACUUGGUCACCAUGAGAAUGAAACUAAGAACAAUGAAAAAUAUACCGGGCGGCGCCAUCACCGAUUGUUGCGUUUCGUGUUGGUGUCCUGCGUGUGCGGCAGCUCAAAUGUCACGUGAGUGGGAUAAUAGUCCACGCUAUGAUGUGACUUGAUUGCAUGACGUAAACCUGAAUAAUGAGCCUCAUCGCUAGUAAAACGAGCCGUUUACACUACCCAUGAUAGUGACUUAUAUUGACUUCCAUUUAAACAAGAAAUUUCCUUGAAAGACGCAAUAUAGUAAACUUCGCUAAUUCCUAUAAGAACUAAUUGUAUAACGACCACGAUUAAUUGAAGCAAAUUUAAAUGAGUUUCAUGUCAUCUAUCUUAUCAGCUAGAAGGCGUCACUUAUUUGCAAUUUUUAAUAUUCCCAUGCUCAAAAAUUUACGUCUAAGAAAGUCUAUCAUCUGGACUUCUUUGAUAUACACGUCAAAUCAUCAAAUCAAUUCAUCCCCGGACUUAAUUGUCUCAAUUUCAAUUCAGUGAUCAUUUUAUUUGUAAUGCCUUCGGAUAUACUGACGGCCAUUGUUUUCGACCUUGCUAAAUGCAUAUAAUAUUUGAACGUAUCCGACUUUUGUAAUAACUUGAUAAAUCAACUGCGUUCAACCGUGAAAUAAGGACCACGCGUCUACAAGAGGUCAUUUAUAUUGAUUUGGUGCUGCUGAGUGAACGCGUAUUUGAACUGAUACCU